UGGCUGGCGGGCGGCAUGGGGCUGUGAGCCGGCCGGGCAGCGCCCAGGCCCCGCGCCCGCCAUGCCAGGCAAAGCCCAGCACUUCCAAGGUCCCCAGGUCAGCUGCUGCACCAAGUACCUGCUCUUCGCCUCCAAUGUGCUCUUCUGGUUGCUGGGGGCUGCCUUCCUGGCCAUUGGUCUGUGGGCCUGGGCAGAAAAGGGUGUGCUUUCCAACCUGUCGUCCAUCACAGACCUGGGUGGCUUUGACCCUGUCUGGCUCUUCCUUGUGGUCGGAGGGGUGAUGUUCGUCCUGGGGUUUGCUGGCUGCAUUGGAGCCUUGAGGGAAAACACUUUCCUGCUCAAAUUUUUCUCUGUGUUCCUGGGGCUCAUUUUUUUCCUGGAGCUGACGGCUGGUGUCCUGGCCUUCAUCUUCAAGGACUGGAUCAAAGAUCAGCUCAAUUUCUUCAUCAACAAUAACGUCAAGGCCUACCGCGAUGACAUCGACCUGCAGAACCUCAUAGACUUUGCUCAGGAAUAUUGGUCUUGCUGUGGGGCUCAUGGCCCUAAUGACUGGAACCUCAACAUUUAUUUCAACUGCACUGACUCCAACCCCAGCAGGGAGCGCUGCGGAGUGCCCUUCUCCUGCUGUGUCAAGGACCCUGCGGAGGAUGUUCUCAACACGCAGUGUGGCUAUGAUGUCCGCCUUAAACUGAGCUGCUCACCUGCUUGCCUUUGCCUUCUCUGCAGGAGCUGGAGCAGCAGAGCUUCAUCUAUACCAAAGGAUGUGCUGGCCAGUUUGAGAAAUGGCUUCAGGACAAUCUCAUUGUGGUAGCUGGGACUUUUGUGGGCGUUGCGCUGCUCCAGAUCUUUGGUAUCUGCAUGGCACAGAACCUCGUGAGCGACAUCAAUGCCGUGAAAGCCAACUGGUGACACCAGAGCAAGGCCUGUGCCGCCUUCCCCAGGCCCGCAGCGCCCUCCACAGGACUGAAGCCGCAAUCCUAGCCACGGCCACAGGAUGCCGCUGUGCCAUUAACCAGCUGUUUUUGUGUGGGUAGACAGUGCUACCAGUAUUAAUGGCUCCCCGGUGCCCUUCCAUAUCAUCCUCUUCCUGGUUGGGGCGCACAUGGUGUAUGAGCUGCAGGUGGCCAAUGUAAAUAGUAUUUAUUAUAGGACUUUCUGGACAGGACUCCUUCCACUGCUACCCUCACUGCAAUAUUUGUGGAGCCUCUUGCACCUGCAGGCCAGAGACUCUGAAGGCCAAAUGACACAGGGAGCUCUGGGGCUGAGUAGGUGCCACAGGAACCCCAGGCGGAUGAGGCACAGCCUGUGCGGCUUCUCGAUGGGAAGCUGGUUGGAACCACCGUCUUGUUUCUGCUGCCUGGUGCAGCCCUGACAUUUGUACCCUCCCUUAAGUCUCUACUUCUAGGAGGGGAAGUCUGUGGCUCAUCUGACAUUGUUGGACUCCAGCUCCCAUCGGCCCUAGGUGGUGGGCAAGGGAUGAUGGGAGUUGUAGCCCAGCAAAAGCAGGCAUGCCAUGAGAUCCUCAUCCCUGCUGUACUUGAAUUUUCUGUGCUCCCCCCUCUCUCUCCAUCUGCUCAGGUCUCCUCUCUGUUGGGGGAUUGGAUUAGGAGGACACGAGGUUAUGUACCCUGCUCCCCCCCCCUUGCAAACCAAUAUGUCUGCUGGCUUAUGUGGGUCACACUGUUGGUCUCUGCCCUCUCUCUUUCUUAGGAUCAGAAUCCAGCCCAAAGUAUUAAGCAUAGGACAAGACCCGCUGCUGCAUCCCCUUUCCCAUUACAACUCAGCCCUCCCUGCUUUGUUUUCCAAAGGGUCUUCAGAGCCCCGUUUCGACAGCUAUGCACACACAGGCAAAGCUGGACAUGGGUUCAGCUGCUUCACCCAAGAGAGGGAGAGCCAAUCUGUAGAAAAGCUGUGUUGGGUAUAAAACACUGGAACAUGGCUAACACCUGCUCUGGCACAAAGAGUCAGACUCCCUUGUGUAUCAGAGAGAGAGAGAGAAACUACAUGUUUCAUUAUCUCCAGGCGUAGCUGGAUUCACUUGUGUGAGAAAUAUGCAAACCUUUGUAUGCAAUUCCAUUUCCUUUCACGUAUUUGUCUGUGGGACCCACAGGGAGCGCUCCUGGCUAAGCUGAACAAAGUUUUGGCCUUGCCUGCGCCUCAUGCUCUGUCCACCCCACAAGUCCUGCAGGACCCCUGCCCCACCCCCCACCCCCAGUGAUUUUUCCAGGGCUGGAUGGUGGCACUUCUGAGAGGGCACAUGGUCGGGAAGGUGCAUUUUGUUCUGCGCUCGGAUUUGUUGUCAUUUUCUCGCUCUCUUUUGGUUGGCAUUCUUCCCAAAUCCCCCUGGACUCUGCUGCUAACAGGACUGAUCCGACCGUCUGGGAUUUUGCUGUACCCAAUAAUAAAGCAACCCCUACCAAAUGA